UGAUGCCGUAUGCAGAGAAGUUAGAAGAAAAUGAAAGUAAAAGCUGAUUCCACGUCGGGACUGCUUAAGAAUGGCGAAGACUUCAGUCCUUCGUCAAGUGUUUGCUUUGACUUUAGCUCUUUGCCUGGAUGCCUGCUUGGUGUACGCGGUCGUGGUGGCGCCACUGGAGCGCACGCACGCGACCUGCUCGCGUCUGGCGUCCACGUGGGCGUUCGCGCUGCUGAGGUGUCUGGCUCUCACCGCCGCCACGGCGGCCGCCCUCGGUGGCCUGCCGCCGGCACCGGCUCGCCUCCUCGUCGCGCACAGUGCGCUUCCGGCCGUGUUGGAGACCGGCACCGCCGCCCUGCGCCUGGACGACAACCAGUGCGGAGUGAUGGCGGACGCGCACUGCUGGCUGAUGUGCGCCGGAGCCUCGCUGGCCGCUGGCUUGUUUUGGGAAGUCGUCGUCCCGGACUCCGGUGGCGACAAAGAGAAGCGAAACAAGCCCAGAGUGUUGUUCAUGAGAGUGGUCCGCUUGUACAAGCCUGACUAUCCUGUGAUGCUUGCUGGCUUCCUGUUUCUCACCCUGGCUGUUGUCUGUCAGAUGUCCGUCCAGUUUUACACGGGGAAGAUCAUUGACAACCUGCGUGGUCAUGACCUGCCAAGUGAAUUCUUCUCAGCGCUGCUCCUCAUGGGCCUCUGCUCUCUGGGAAGGUGCCCACCAACGACCACCACAUGCCAGAACCCCCCGACGUGUUCUGACCUUGUCUUUUGUUCGCUCAGCUCGGUGGGCACAGGCUGCAGAGGGGGACUCUUUACGUGGGCCAGGAGCUCCUUCACGUGCAGAGUGAAUGGCAAGCUGUUUGAAGCUUUGACCAAACAGGAAGUUGCAUUUUUCGAGACCGUUAAGACGGGUGAAAUCACCUCCAGGCUGUCUCAGGACACCAGCCUGAUGGGGGAAACGGCGUGUCUCAACGUCAACGUCCUGCUGAGGAGCCUCAUCAAGAUGGUGGCCACCAUGGUCCUCAUGCUGCAACUGUCAUGGCAGCUGACAUUUUUAGUGUUGAUGGAGGUGCCCGUCACUGGCGUCAUACAGAACAUCUACAACACGCACGAGCAGCGGUUGAAGCUGGCCAUACAGGACUCCGUGGCUGUGGCCAGCGACGCGGCCAAUGAGAUCAUCUCGGGUAUUCGGACGGUGCGGAGCUUCAGCGCAGAGAAACACGAGGCCUGUCACUAUGACAACCGGCUGCUGGACACACACGCCCUCAAGACACGGCGGGACACCGUCAGGAUUGUGUACCUUCUCGUAAGGAGGUUGACAGAGUUGGCCACGCAGGUGCUGAUGUUGUGGUACGGCAGGUUGUUCAUCCAGAGGGGGCAGAUGAGCACAGGUGACCUGGUCUCCUUCAUCCUCUACCAGUCAGACCUCGGGGACAACAUCAGGGCACUGAUCUACAUCAGCUGCAACAUGCUGAACUCAGUGGCGGCCGCUGCUAAAGUGUUUGAGUAUCUGGAUCGAGAACCUCGGGUCAGCACCGAGGGGGAACUGGCACCCGAUCAGCUUCAGGGACAUGUGGUCUUCCGCCAUCUGAACUUCGUCUACCCGACGCGCCCCGACGUACCUGUGCUACAGGACUUCUCUUUGGAGCUGAAAGCGGGUCAGAUGACGGCGCUGGUGGGCCCAUCGGGAGAGGGAAAGAGCACCUGUGCCAGUUUGCUGAAGCGCUGGUACGAGCCGCUGGACGGCGAAAUCCUGUUGGACGGGGAGCCGCUGGGAUCCUACGACCACCGCUUCCUCAGCAAGAAGAUCGCCUUGGUCAGCCAGGAGCCGGUGCUCUUCUCUGGCACCGUCAGACGCAACAUCGCCUACGGGCUUGAUGACUGCUCGAUGGACGCCGUCCGGGACGCGGCUCGCCAGGCCGACGCCCACGACUUCAUCACGCAGCUGGAGAAAGGCUACGAUACAGAUGUGGGGGAGGGAGGCAGCUUGUUAUCCAAGAGCGAACGGCAGCGGAUCGCGAUUGCUCGAGCGCUGGUUCGGCGGCCACAGGUCCUCAUUGUGGAUGAAAUAACCAGCUCCCUGGAUGAGCACAGUGAAAACAAGGUCCUGCACGCCCUGGCGAGUCGCCCCAACCAAACCCUGCUGGUGAUCGCUCACAGACUCAAGACCAUCGAGAAGGCCCGUCAGAUCGCCGUGAUCGGCGGCGGCAAAGUUCAGGAGCGGGGAACGCACCGAGAACUGCUGGACAAGAAAGGGAGCUACUGCAAAGUGAGAGAGAAGCUCGCCACAGCGGGAAGCUACUGACGGGCUCCGUGUGCCGGACCAAAUAUUAUUACCGCUCAACUACACGGUAAUAACAUCCAGUACAAGGACGCCAUCAAUACUUCUGUCUUUAAGCUUCGACACAACGAUCAUAAAUGGAGAAAUAAAUACAUUCAUACAUAUACCACACUUGUUUUGUUAAAAGGAUGUACACAGGAAAUAUAUUCAUGAUAAAAAUAAAGACAUUUCAUGCUGAA